AACACCUCCCUGAGUGAGAGCUCCUGGAUAAUGAUAUAUAAAGAAAGACAGCAUGUAUCCUUCUCUCUCCAAAGCUCCAGUUUUCAUCACAGCUCUGUCACUCCAUCAAACAGAGGAAUUCAAUCACAGCUGUCAGUAUGGUGGGUCUGAAGCCAUCCGAUGUGCCUCCUCCUCUGGGGGUGAAGGUGCUCAGUGCAGGAACAGCUGCCUGCAUUGGUGAUUUAGUCACCUUCCCUCUGGACACUGCCAAAGUUCGACUGCAGAUCCAAGGAGAGAAAGCAAUAACGGGAGCAGCGAAUGGCAUCCGUUACAGAGGAGUGUUUGGUACCAUCAGCACUAUGGUGAGAACGGAGGGGCCGCGCUCGCUCUACAACGGCUUAGUAGCUGGACUGCACAGACAGAUGGCAUUUGCUUCUAUACGAAUCGGCUUGUAUGACAACGUCAAGAGCUUCUACACAAGGGGCAAAGACAGUCCCAAUGUGGGCAUUAGGAUUAUAGCUGGCUGCACCACUGGAGCCAUGGCUGUUUCCAUAGCCCAGCCCACAGACGUUGUGAAAGUGCGUUUCCAGGCCCAGAUGAACCUGCAGGGCGUGGGACGGCGCUACAGUGGGACCAUGCAGGCCUACAGACAGAUCUUCCAACAGGAGGGCCUCAGAGGCUUGUGGAAAGGAACUCUUCCCAACAUCACAAGAAACGCUCUGGUCAACUGCACAGAACUGGUGUCCUACGAUCUCAUCAAGGAAGCCAUUCUCAGGCACAAACUUCUGUCAGACAAUCUGCCAUGUCAUUUUGUGUCUGCGUUUGGAGCCGGUUUCAUCACCACAGUGAUCGCAUCUCCUGUGGAUGUGGUGAAGACUCGAUACAUGAACUCCCCUCCUGGUCAAUACAAAAGCUCCCUCAACUGCGCCUGGACUAUGAUGACUAAAGAGGGACCGACUGCCUUCUACAAAGGCUUUGUUCCGUCAUUCCUGCGGCUGGGUUCCUGGAACGUGGUGAUGUUUGUGUCGUUCGAGCAGCUGAAGAGAGCCAUGAUGAUGUCCAGGAACAGAAUCGAAGCGACCACGUAGAAAUUAAGCUAAAACUGAAAUCCCACCUUUAAAACAGAUUCACAGACUGACAGCGUGAUGAAAACUGGAGAUGAAGAUCUGGCAGCAGCUUCCAAACAAUUCAUUCAGAUUUGGGAGUUGACUAGCCAACACAACAGGAUGCUUCAGGAACCAUUUAAUAGAAGCAACAACUCUUUUGGGAGCCAUAUCCCGCCAUAGAAUAAAAAUAUAAAAGUCAAUUCUGACAUUUUAUUUCACAAUUGUGACUUUAUUUCUCGCAAUUGCAAUUCUAAUGCUCAUAAUUGCUUGUUUAUAUCUCGUAAUAAAAAAUAAAAACAAGAAAAACUUGCAAUUGCAAGAUAUGAUGUGUGAGAUUUCGACAUUGUGAUAUAUAAAGUUACAAUUGUGAGAAACAAUGUCAAAAUUACGAAAUUGAGAGAAAUAAAAAAUUGUGGAAUAUGAAGUCGCAAUUGCGAGAUAUAAAGUCAUAAUUGUGAGAUGUAAUGUGUGAGAUAUAGUUGCGACUCCAUAUUUCACAAUUUAAAUUUUUUGACAUUGCGAGAUAGUCGCAAUUGUGUUAAACUUUGACUAAAUUACGAGGUAUAAAGUCGAAAUUGAGAGAAGUUGAAAUUGUGAGAUAUGAAGUCACAAUUGUGAGGUAUAAACUUGCAAUUACAAGAAAUAAACUCGCAAUUGCGAGAUAAAGUCAUAAUUGUGAGAUAUAAUGUGAGAGAUAUAGUUGCGAAUUUACAUUUUACAAUUUUCAAGUUUUGACAUUACGAGAUAUAAAGUUGCAACUUCAAGAAACGACGUUGAAAUUAUGAAAUUUCAAGAAAUAGUCAAAAUUGUGAGAUAUGAAGUCGCCAUUGCAAGAUAUAGUCAUAAUUGUGAGAUAUGUGUGAGAUUUCGACAUUGCGAUAAAGUUACAAUUGUGAGAAACAAUGUCAAAAUUACGAAAUUGAGAGAAAUAAAAAACUGUGAAAUAUGAAGUCGCAAUUGCGAGAUAUAAAGUCAUAAUUGAGAGAUGUAAUGUGUGAGAUAUAGUUGCGACUCCAUAUUUCACAGUUUAAAUUUUUUGACAUUGCGAGAUAGUCGCAAUUGUGAUAAACUUUGACUAAAUUACGAGGUAUAAAGUCAUAAUUGUGAGAUAUAAUGUGUGAGAGACAGUUGUGAUAUAUUUCACAAUUUUUGUUGAAUUUGUGAGAAACAAUGUCAAAAAUACAACGUAAAAAGUCCAAAUUGAGAGAUGUUGAAAUUGUGAUAUAUAGUCACAAUUGUGAGAUAUGAAGUUGCAAUUACGAGAAAUAAAGUCGCAAUUACAAGACAUAAAUUCGCAAUUAUGAGAUAUAAAUUCGCAAUUGUGAGAUGUAAUGUGUGAGAUAUAGUUGCGACUACAUUUUACAAUAUAAAAUUUCGACAUUGCGGGAUAUAAAGUUGCAAUAGGGAAAAACAAUGUCAAAAUUACGAUACAAAAAGUAAAAAUUUAGAUAAUUUUGACUUUUUGUACCUCGUAAUUUUGACAUUGCGAGAUAUAAAGUUGCAAUAGGGAGAAACAGUGUCCAAAUUUUAUAUUGUAAAAUGUAAUCGCAAUGUAGUUGCAAAAUUAUAAACUCGCAACUGCAAGAUGUAAAGUCAUAAUUGUGAAAAAUCAAGUCGGAACCUUUUUCUCCUCAGUGGCAAGAUUAAGUCACCAUAGAAUUGUAUCAUGUUUGCCAUCCUUUCUCUUACAGGGCAUUUUUCUUAUUUCAAUAAUUCAACUUCUGCUCAAUACAAUUGAUAUCAUAAAACGCACAAAUUGUAAUGAAAGAAUGCUCUGUACCUCAUCCCCUUGUGAUACAUUAAUGUAUAUAAUGUUUAUGUAAUAUUUAUGUUUCCUUGUGUUUCUAUCAAUUAGUCCUUUGUUUAAAACAGAACUAUUUACUAUGACGUCUAUUUGUUAUACUCAUUACCCUGUAAUGACCCCAAAAUUGAGUAUUGCCUCAGUACUGAAAAGCUAUAAUGCAAGCAUACACUUCAAUAAAAACAAGUUUAUACAA